AUGCGAGACGAAAUGCAAACAAGAAAUUCAUUAAGUUAUCCAAUCGAAAAUGCUCCUGUCUUUAAACGUGAUCACGAUGAUCACGUUGAAGGUGAUAAUCAUAAUGAUCACAAUGAUACUCAUGCUAAAGGUACUUCUGCCGCUUCUUCGACCAUUGAAUGGUCUUUGAUGGCCGUUGCUGCGACGUUCCUUGCAACUUUAAUUGGAUUCUGA